AUGGUAGUAGAUUUUAGAAAGAUUAAGACUGUAAUCCCUCCUGUCUGCAUUGGGCAACAACCUAUGUCUAGAGUGAAAACGUACAAGUUAUUGGGACUCUGGAUAGACGAUGAUCUAAAUUGGGAAUCUAAUACAGAGUACAUUAUUAAGAAAGCAACCAAACGUCUAUAUUUUUUGAAGGUUCUUAAGGGUUAUGGCGCACCAAAAAAUGACCUCAAGCCCUUUUAUUGCUGUGUUAUCAAAUCAACCUUGGAGUAUGAUGCCAUGCAGGUAUGGAACGGCAACUUGACGCAAGCACAGCGUAAUGAUAUUGAAAGAGGGCAGAAAGGAGCUUUGAGGAUAAUUGUUGCUGAAUAUGAGUAUAAUCGUGCGCUUUAA